GCAUGCGCACUGCGGCUGACCCCUCCGGUUUCUCCGUGCGCUGCCACGUUAGUAGCUGUAGACACAAAACACCAGCUACUCUUCCCAAACCCCGCAAACAAGGAAGACAAAGAUCAAAACCCGACACGAAUUUAUCCACAUACCCGCGGCUGACCGUGCGCCCCUGCUGUCCCGGUUCGGAAGGAAACUCGACGGUAACAAUGUUUAAGUUUUGGCUCCUGUGUACUCUGGCUGUAGCUUGCCGAGCUGAGAUCGCCGAAGAAGAAGAUGUUCUGGUGCUGAAGAAAAGUAACUUCGACGAGGCUCUCCAAGCUCACCCCAAUAUUCUGGUUGAGUUCUAUGCACCAUGGUGCGGCCACUGCAAGGCCCUGGCUCCGGAGUACGCCAAGGCCGCCGGUUUGCUGAAGGGCCAGAAUUCAGACAUCCGCCUGGCCAAGGUGGACGCCACCGAGGAAACCGAGCUGGCCCAGGAGUACGGCGUCCGGGGAUAUCCCACCAUCAAGUUCUUCAAGGGCGGAGAUAAAGAGUCUCCGAAGGAGUACUCCGCCGGCAGGCAGGCAGAUGACAUCGUCAACUGGCUGAAGAAGCGGACCGGGCCCGCCGUCGCCACCCUGAACGAGGUCACCGAGGCGGAGUCUCUGAUUGCCGACAACGAGGUGGCGGUCAUCGGUUUCUUUAAGGAUGCUGGGUCUGACGACGCCAAAGCUUUGGAAAAAGCAGCCGAAGCCAUCGAUGAUGUCCCCUUCGCCAUGACCUCCAGUGACGCAGUUUACACAAAGUUCGAUGUGUCCAAAGAUGGCGUCGUCCUCUUCAAGAAGUUUGAUGAAGGGCGCAACACCUUUGAUGGAGAGCUGACCAAAGAGAACCUUUUGGCUUUUGUAAAGUCCAACCAGCUGCCUCUGGUCAUCGAGUUUACCGAGCAGACCGCUCCUAAAAUCUUUGGUGGAGAAAUCAAAUCCCACAUCCUCAUGUUCCUGCCCAAGACUGCGUCGGACUUCCAGGGCAAAAUGGACCAGUUUAAGAAAGCUGCCCAAGGAUUCAAGGGUCAGAUCCUGUUCAUCUUCAUCGACAGCGACAUCGACGACAACCAGCGCAUCCUGGAGUUCUUCGGCCUGAAGAAGGAAGAAUGUCCCGCCAUCCGCCUCAUCACCCUGGAGGACGAAAUGACCAAGUACAAGCCGGAGAGCGACGCCAUCACGGCAGAGAGCAUCACGGAGUUCUGCAAGCUGUUCACCGAGGGCAAGCUGAAGCCACACCUCAUGAGCCAGGACAUCCCUGAAGACUGGGACAAGAGCCCCGUGAAGGUUUUGGUUGGCAAAAACUUCGAGGAGAUCGCCUUCAAUCCUUCAAAGAACGUCUUUGUGGAAUUUUAUGCACCUUGGUGUGGACACUGCAAACAGCUGGCCCCCAUUUGGGAACAGCUGGGAGAAAAAUACAAGGACAGCCCCGACACCAUCGUGGCCAAGAUGGACUCCACAGCCAACGAGAUCGAGUCCGUUAAAGUCCACAGUUUCCCAACUCUCAAGUUCUUCCCUGCAGGAGAGGAGCACAAGGUGGUUGACUAUAACGGUGAGAGGACGCUGGAGGGCUUCACCAAAUUUCUGGAGAGCGGUGGCACAGAGGGUGCUGCACCCGCAGAGGACGACGACGAGGUGGAGCCAGAGGAUUUGGAAGAUGUGGACUCUGACAUGGAGGACGGACACGACGACGAUGACGGGCACGACGAGUUGUAGAAAGCAGAACGAAAGAGGACCCCCACCCCACCCCACCCCAACCUUUCAGUCCCCAUCACCACCCUCACCCCCGCCCUGUGAACAUUAACCUCUGAACUGCCUCUCAGUCACAAACUGGCCUUUAAACCAGCCGGUCGGUCCAUUGGUGGCUGGUUGAGCCGUUUCUCCACCAGCUGCAUCUUCAUCCUCAGUUUCUGGUCAGACUGGUCUUGUCCCUCCUGGGAGGGGGAGGGGAGUAUUUGGAACAGCGCACCACCUCUGUUGGACACCAGCAAGGCUCCAUAUCAGCUGUUUGCCUUCCACUUCAGACCAAACGUUUAUUUCUUGUUUUGAAAUGUUUAAUUUCCACAUUUGCUCUCCUUCUAACCUGCAGAUGGGGGGGGGGGGGUGUCUGCCAGUGUUCUUCUCCCUCCUUAAAGGUGGGGGAGAAAAUAAAACGGACCAGUGAUGAUGAUGUUUAAGGACCGAUCUCAGGGGACAAGGGGCCGUUCUGUAAUUUUAUUUCAAUGUCGUCUUCAUUAAAAUAACCCCCCCCAGUUUAUUCAUCGUGGCACAGAGCCCCACUCCCCACAUUUAUCUUUUGGCAAGACCAGUUAUCUUUAUUUUUAUCAACGGGGGGGGGGGGGGGUCCAUUUACUCCAUUUUUAUUUCCGUUCCCAAACGAUUCUGUUCUCACUUCAGCUACUGACUCGUUUUUCUGAAACCUUCGAGUAAAAUCGUGUUUUUAUUUAAUGUCACGUCGGUCGUCGUCAGAUUUGCCUUUUUGUUUUUUUUUAUUGUACCGUCGUGCCCAGCUGUCGGGGCAGAGUUGGAGACGCGCACUCGGACCUGGGUGGUGUCUGGAGCCGGUUCUGACGGGUCGCACUGCGUUCAUGCCUGAUCAGAGAUUCACUGUGGUUUAGUAAAGACGGAUUCGGUUGGGGAGAAGCGGGGAGGGAACGGUUGCACAGCCCCACCCCUCACCCGUCCCUUUUGGCUCUUCCCAGCACCCUUAGUUGCCACUUUUUGUGUGUGUGUGUGCGUGUGUGUGUUUGACUCGCAAGAGUGUUGUGCUGGCAAAAAAGGGGGGCUGUGAUUAGAGCAAGGUGUCGGUCCAUCAGUGGUGGGGGGGGAACUAACAAAACAUUCCAUCAUUGUUCAAAUUAAUGUGGAAAAUGUAAAAUGGUGGCCAAUAAAAAAAGAAAAAUCA